AUGUCUUUUAAUUCAAUUCCUGUCAUAGAUUUAGAAGAAGCAUUCGAUUCGGGCCUUAAAUCACAGUUCCUCGAAAAACUGCGGUAUGCUCUUAUAGAUGUUGGUUUCCUGCUUCUAGUAAACCACGAGAGAUAUGGCCCUUCUCAAAGAGAUUUUGCAGACAUUAAGGAACAAGCAAUUGAUUUCUUCAAUCUACCAGAGCACGCCAAACAAUCCUGUGAAAUGAUCAAGUCUCCACAUUUUCUAGGAUACAGCAGGUUGGGCAAUGAGAUAACCGCUGGGAGGUCUGAUCACCGUGAGCAAAUUGACUUAGCAACCGAACUCCCACCACCUAGGGAGGGUGAGCCUUUGUAUAAGCAAAUUGAAGGCCCCAAUUUAUGGCCAGACGAGAAACAUGCCCCAAAAUUUAGGCCAGUAGUUACUAGCUACAUUGCUAAGAUGACAAAACUUGCGACUACUUUCAGAAGACUUGUAUGUGAGGCCAUUGGACUACCUCCUGAUAGCCUUGACUCUUAUUUCAAGGAAAACCAGCAAUGCAAGAUGAAGCUGAUUGCAUAUCCAGAUAUUCCUCAAGAAAAUGAAAGCGAUUUUAACCAAGGGGUUGGGCCUCACCGUGAUUCUGAUUUUUUAACUUACAUAUUUCAGGCAUCGCAACAUAGUGGUUCUUUACAAGUACAAAACUUUCAAGGGAAGUGGGUAGCUAUAGAUAAUGUUCCCGGGUCCCUGGUAGUGAAUGUGGGGCAAACUCUCGAAGCAUUGACUAACGGUGUGUGUAAAGCUACUAUUCAUCGGGUUGCUAACCCUGAUUCGGGUUUGGGGACACGGUUGUCCAUUCCAUUUUUCCAAACCAUAGAUUUGGAUUCUCGCAAGAGCAUAGUGGCUGACAUACCAUCCAACAUUCUGCAGCUCAGGGAUACACGGGAUAAGCUAAUUACCGAUUGGGGGGUUGAUGUCGGAUUCCAAUUCUCUCCGGACAUGAGCAAAAACCCAGUUGGGUAUGCCGUCUUUCGAAAUAGAAUCAAGUCGCACCAGGAUGUAGCCGCGAAAUGGUACCCGCAAGUUCUAGAGCAGGUGCUAACAGAGUAUUCUGCUUAA